GCAAGUCAAGGCUUCGAUCGUGACCUGGAUAUCUCAGACGCUUUGCGGUCUAUAAGUCGGCCCAAUUCGCCCGAUGUGGACGAUAUGGCGACGCCGCAGAAGAAGUAUGACUAUUCAGUCAGUCUCCGGUCGGAGAAAAAGCCGUCUCCGUUUGACAAAAUGCGGAACGUGUCUUUCCGUCGGCCACUGUCGCGCACGCGGACUCCAUCACUUACUCGAACAACGCCUUCGCCUUCAUCAAUGUCUUCAACCUCUACACCCCACAGCACUCGAUCUAUCGCGUUGGUAAGGCAAAUAGCGACUUCCCCAUCUCCUGCGGCCGUGCCCCUUCCCCGGUCAGCAACUGCGUCUCCCGCGCUCAUCCCUUUACCUCCUUCCGCCAAUGCUUCGCCCGCUGCGCCUGACACGGGCGUGUCAUAUGUAACCGGGGUCGAAGAGCCUUCUUCGGAAGCACGCGAAGAGUCUCGAGAUGAUAUGGAUCUCACGGACACCAUGUCACAGGAGAUGGAGCUCAGGGAUAGUCAGAUUGAGACGAGAGAGCCCACAUUUUCCUCGGAAACAUCCUCACAGGCCGCUGAGCUCCCUGCGUCACACACCCCUAGGGGUCUAUCCGUAGCCUUCUCAUCGCCCGCCCCUUCAGCCAUAUUCACGCCGACGCCUGCCUUCCAGCCACGACCACGGGCACGUUUCGCCCCCGCGCCCGCUCUGACCACUCCCCGCCCUGUGCAGUACGAUACGCAGGACGCCACUACAACGGAGCACGAAGGCGACACUCUUGCGACACCGUCGGCACAUAAGCGUUCGUUCCUGCUCUCAGUCAUCAACUCUACAGCCCGUCCUCGGAUAAAUCACACCCCGCAUCCCUAUCGCGCCGGCAAUGGUGUCCCAGGCCCAGCAACGCCGGGCGUGGACCUACAGGCUGCAUUCGCGGGAGUCACACCGCGGCCACGAACGCAGCUCCGACCGCGACUCUCGCAUCCUCUGGCUCAGGCGUCAACUGCACCAUCGGAUUCGGGCUCGUCAGGACCAGAGUCCAUCAGUGACGCACAAGCCCAUUCACCGAUCGCAAGCGGCUCGGAGUCACCAUACGACAGUAACGCAGAUCGUGUUUCGUUCGUGUCAACGGCAUCAUCCCAAGAUCUGACGACCCAUGCGCGCGCCAACGCCUCCUUCGACCCAGUGAUGGGCCUCGGUGACCGGGGACACGGUGUCGGGCGGUUCAACGCGGGCAAGCUCAACCAUUACCUCCAUGGCUUGAAUCGACGACUCCAGGAGGAGAACGAGACGCUCGUCUUCCGGUUGAGGACGUACGAGGAGAAGUACGGGAAGGGAGGCAUGACCGAACAGCCCUCGAUGGUCGGUACGCCUCAGCAGUCUGAACAGUCGAUGUCCAGCAGGCGGUCGAGCGCAGGAAGGCGGGUGAGCGCGGGUCCGAGUCUUGGCCUCGGAGAUGUGCCCGAGGAGGCGGAGGUAUGGCUCGAGGAGAAGGCCGCGCUCCAGGACGAACUAGACGAGCUGAAGGAGGAGCUCCAGCAGCGCGCUGCGACUCUUCAAGAAGCUGAAGCGGCACUGGAGCAAGAGAAGAGCAAGAGGGCGAGAGACAAGCAGGCAUUUGAGGAGCGCAUAUUGCAGGUGGAUAAAGGUGUCUCUGACAUCGUGCGAGGCCUCGAAGACAAACUCGGUGAUGCAGAGGGGCGCGCUCAAGCUGCUGAACGUGCGAGAGCUGCCGUGGUGAAGGACAUGGAACGACGCGUCGAUGCUCUGAUGGCAGAGAACGAGCUGCUCGAGGACAGAGUUCAGAAGGCCGAGCAAGCGUUGGAGGGCGGCAGGGAACUCGGGGCAGAGGUGAACGUAGCGUACGAACGCGUUUCCCAGUUGACUGGCGAUCUUCGCAAUGCCAAGCAGCAGAUCAAGGAACUCGAGGUCGAAGUCAUGUCAUCGGAUGGCAAGAUCGACGACCUCGAGGGCAAGCUGCAGAAGGAGAGGGAAGCCAGGAACACCCAGGAGAACGAACUGAGCACCAAGAAGAGCGAGCUCGACGACGCCUUGAACCACAUCAAUCAGCUCACUGAAGACCUCGAUAAGGCACACAAAGACCUACACGCGGCCGAAGCCUACAUUGCGCAACUGGAUUCUGACGCAGAAACGGCUGUCACGCAUAUUGAAAACCUUGAGGCUCAACUAUCCACUGCACAGGAUCGCAUGGCUGCUACGGACGAAGCAGCCGAGCAGGACGAGCUAGAGAUCAAUCGGCUGAGCGGCGAGGCUAAGCAUGCUGCUGAAUUGGGACGCCAGAUGCAACAAGCAUUAGAAGCUGCAGAGACAAGGAUCGUGGCGAAGGAGCAGGAAAUUGCGUCUCUACGAGCUGCGCUGACAUCCGCAGAGCGUGCGGCCGAACGAGAGAAAGAACGUUCGCGGUCGAAGUCCAUGAUCACACAGAGCGAUUCGUCGCAGGAACUCCGCGCCGACGUGGAGGCCCUUGAAGAAGAGCUGGUGACCGCACACAAGGAGAUUGCUCGCUUGAAGACACUGAUCAGUCAGUCCCCUGCGCGCAAGGCUAUCAACAAGGCUAAGGACGCCAAGAUCGAACUGCUUGAAAGGGAGAAGGCCGAUCUCCUCGAGCGGCUGAAGACGAGCAAGGCCAACAUGAGCCUUCAUGGAACACCCAGCAAGGUUGUGAAUGGGAGUGGUCUCUCGCCUUUGCACCGUCAGCUUCUGGCAUUCAAGAGCCCCAAGACGCCCGGAGGUCCUCUUCGAGAUCUUUCUUGGUUACAGACAACCAUGAAUGACCAUUCGGCCGCGCCGCUGGUCGCCGAGAUUGCUCGUCUGCAACAAGAACUGGACAGGGCCAACCAUAGUAUUGACGACAAGCUGGAUCAGCUCGAAGAUGCAGGUCUCGGCGUCGUCGGCCUGACGAGGCAGCUAGAGGACGCUCGUGAGCGGAUCGUGACCCUUGAAGAUGAGCUUGCACGGCUUUCGAGGAAAGAUGGAAGGCUUCAACGUCGACUCCAUAAAGUGCGUUGCUUGAAGUGCCGUGCUAAAGUGGACCUUCGUGGAUUAGUUGCCGCUUCCGCGGGCGACGAAAGCUCUAUACUGGAAGAGUCGCACAUGAGCCUUAUCUCUGAGCCGCCAACACCGCCAACAAGGACAAGCGAGGCUUUGCGCACUCAAGUUCAACAUAUCAAUGCUCAGCUUGCGUCCAUGAAGCAGCAAUGGGAGAACGAGAAGAGUCAACUUCUCGGAGAGAAUGCUGUUCUCCAGGACGCGGCCAAUCGACUGAACACGGAGGUUCGUGAUACCAAGAGAGAAUUGAAGAGGUUGGCCGAUACGGGCAAAGCAGGCGAGUCCGCCCGCGCCAGCGUCCAAGAGGACCUCGACCACGCGAAGCGUGUCAUAGAUGAACUGGAGAACGAACUCACGGCAGAGCGUGCACGUCUGAGAACAUUGUCCACUGAGCAAUCUCGUGUUCAGCGAGAGAAGGAACAAGUCGCUUAUCAGCUGCGCCGGACAGAAUCCGACAUGUCCGACGUCAGAGGCCAGCUUCAGACACUCAAGCAAGAGAACCAACAGCUGUCCAAUCAGUUAUCAUCGAACUCUGUCGCGGAGCAGAAAGCACGUCUGCUCGAGAGCAAGGUGUCAGAGAACGCAGAAACGAUCGGGCAGCUGCGGCAAGAACGCUCCUUGCUCGCUGCUGAACAUAAGGAUCUCCAGCGUCGAUAUUCAAAGGUUGCAGAGCACAUGAACCAAGUCAGGGGGGAGCAUGCAGCGUCGCAGGUCUCGCACGAUGAGCGGCGGCUCCAGCUCGACCUACGGCUGCUCGAGAUUGACGAACUCAGGCGUGCCAUCUCAACACAAGCCGACGAGCUCCUCCGCGCCGAGAACGAACGGAACCGCAUUGCUGCCGAGAAGAGCGACGUCGUUCACUCGGUCGCCGCUCUCGAGGCAGAUCUCCAGCGCGUGCGGCGGGAUGCGGAGAUGUUCGGGCGUGACCUCAAGCUGCUGCGGACCCAGAAAGACAGGCUGGAGGAGGAACGCAGGAUCGAGCAGGAGAAGGCGGAUCGCGCGCAGAAGCAGGCGCAGUCCCAGAUCCGCGUGCUCAAGGGAGAGCUCGACAGCCAGAAGGAGAAGGCGAGAACGGCAGCUGAGAAGCUGCAGAAGCAUGUCUGCGUGGCUGACGCGGGGCAGCUUAAGGACCUGCACGAACAGCACAAGGAUGAAUGCAGGGGUCUCAUUAUCCAAAUACGCUACCUGAAGGCCAAAUUCACUCGGGAGUCCGGUCUGAGGAGUGACCUCGGCUACCAGAAGCAUUACUUACUUGUUCUGUUGGCCCAUUAUGAGAAGACCGAGCAGAGGAUCUUGGCCGCAAUAGCAAGAAUCGGCUUCCCUGCGGAAGGUCCACCCAUCAAGGCCAAGAGACGAACGCUCAGGAGCGUUGCCAUAUCUAUAACCUUCAUUGCACGUUUGAGACGCGCCGCCGAUGCCUGGCGAGAGCAAUACGCGGCCAAGGCCCCUAUAGCAGCAGCUCUUAGUGAGGUACGACAACGCAGGGCAGCGAAUGGGGGUAGAGCGACACCAUCAUAAAUUAUUCUGUGUCCCGUUGUAUUUAUUAGACGUCCGACUACUGUUGUAAUGUGAGUGUAACGUAGAUAUCGAAUAAUAGCACAAGAAGCACAUGUCCGAUUCGCUAUGAAGGCGGCUUUCGUUUUGCAGAGAUGAUGCGGACUGCAUCCUUUGUGAAUAGGUAGGAUGCUCCGCUCCAUAUGGUAGUGGUGGCUACGACCCACCUUUACUCCGGUUAGUAGAUGUGUGGCAG